AUGGAUCCCACUGCACCCGCCCAGCAUUCGCAGCUCGAUACUAUACAGCUCAAUCUAGACGCUGUUACCCGCCGUCUUGCACGUCCGACUUUUCUAAACAAGCUCACGCCCUCGCGGUUGCCCUCAUCGGCCGUAAGCGAUUCGUCUUCCUUGAGCCCCACACGCGACGAGGCUCGGUUGCAUUCUGGUCCACUCUCUCAUCCACGCCAUUCCCAUCUCAAUCUUGCAGUCACGUUUGAAGAUGUGCUUGAGCACGUUGAUCUGGUCUCGCCGUUGAUCCAGGAGCCCUGUGCUGACGGCAGUUUCAGUGUCGUGGAGAGGCGUAUUGUCGAGCUGCUUGAGUCGCACUUUGUGGGCGCUCGUCGAGCCUGUGCAAAGAUGGCAGCAUUUCAAAACUUCUCGCAUGGUCACCAGGAUCUUGUACUUGCCGUUGACUUUAACUAUUUCGGCACGCGCAUGGUCACUGCGAGCUCCGACCAUCGCCUCAAGAUCUGGGACAAAAAGGACGAUUCAUGGACCCUCGUCGAGAGCUGGAAGGCGCAUGAUGCCGAGAUUGUCGAUGUCAAGUGGAACGGCCCCUUUAUGGGGGAGGUCGUUGGUAGCAUCGGCGAAGAUGGUCGCUGCAAGCUCUGGCAAGAGGACGUUACAGAAGUGCCCAUGUCAGGCAAUCGAUUCAAGCUCAUCACGAAUCUUGCCUCGACGACGCAUGCGCCUUUCAUGUCGCUUGACUUUAAGAAUAUAAUGCAGGAGACAUGGCUGGCACUGAUUACUCGCGAUGGUCUGAUGACUGUCUACGAGCCUCAAGAUCAGAGUAGUCUGAACGAGUGGACAGUGCUGGCAGAGCGUUGGGUCUCCGAGCACAAUCCACCUGAGCGUCAAGAAGAGGUAGGCUUCAAGGUCGUGUUUCACAAGGAGAAGCUACCAUGCUGGACAGCAAUCAUGGCCGGCUUAGAUCGCAAGUCGCUUUCUUUGGCUGUCGCAGCCAUGAAGGAUGUGUACGUCUUCCGAACAGACAAAUCCAAGCGUUUCUUCCAGGUAGCGAAGCUGGAAGGCGCCCGACAGAUUAUUCGCGACUUGGCUUGGGCCAAUGGCUCUAUGCGAGGCUUUGACAUACUAGCAACAGCUAGCAAAGAUGGGGUGAUUAGGAUCUACGAGUUGUCCACACCAUCAUCUGGUGCCUCCUCUGCAAAAGGCACCACCUCAAGUCUGCCCGUCGCAGAACCGGCAUCACCUCAUUCCGGUCUCCGAAAGAAUGCGCCGUCUGGCAUAGGAGCUGGACUGGCAGGAGCUUCAAAGGCACCGGAGGUGUCUCAUGAUAAUGAGCCGGGGCGAAUUAGGCAGAUUGCCAAGCUCACAGAUGAACUGACUAGUCAUCAAGGGGCAGUUUGGCGCAUUGCCUUUUCACAGAUGGGGGAUCUCAUGGUCACGACUGGGGAUGACGGCUCUGUCCGCACCUGGAAAAAAGCCGUCAACGGUCGUUGGCAAGAAUACGCUGAGAUAGAAGUAGCAGGUGAUGCUUGA